AUGCUGUGGCCCCUGUUACUUCUCCUGGCCAUCACCGAGGCACAGACCACCCAGCCUUGCUUCCCCGGGUGCCAGUGCGAGGUGGAGACCUUCGGCCUCUUCGAUAGCUUCAGCCUGACACGAGUGGAUUGCAGCGGCUUGGGCCCCCACAUCGUGCCCGUGCCCAUCCCCCUAGACACAGCCCACCUGGACCUGUCCUCCAACCGGCUGGAGAUAGUGAAUGAGUCAGUGCUGGCAGGUCCCGGCUACACCACAUUAGCUGGGCUGGAUCUCAGCCACAACCUGCUCACCAGCAUCUCCCCGACCACAUUUUCCCGCCUUCGCUACCUGGAGUCACUUGACCUCAGCCACAAUGGCCUGGCAGCCCUGCCAGCCAAGAGCUUCACCAGCUCACCACUGAGUGAUGUGAACCUUAGCCACAACCGACUCCAGGAGGUCUCCGUGUCUGCCUUCACCACCCACAGCCAGGGCAGGGCACUGCACGUGGACCUCUCUUACAAUCUCAUUCACCACCUUGUGCCCCACUCGCCACGCUCCGGCCUGCCUGCACCCACCAUCCAGAGCCUGAACCUGGCCUGGAACCGGCUCCGAGCUGUGCCCAACCUCCGAAACCUGCCCCUGCGCUACCUCAGCCUGGAUGGGAACCCCCUGGCUACCAUCGGCCCAGGGGCCUUCUCAGGCCUGGCUGAUCUUACACAUCUGUCACUGGGCAGCCUGCAAGGACUUCCUCAGCUGGAGCCUUAUGGGUUUCAAGAACUGUCAGGCUUGCAGGUCCUGGACUUGUCAGGCAAUCCCAAGCUCAAGUGGGCAGGACCUGAGGUAUUCUCGGGCCUGGACUCCCUGCAGGAACUGGACCUGUCCGGCACAGGUCUGGUGCUCCUUCCUGAGAUGCUGCUCCACCACCUCCCAGCGCUGCAGCACCUCAGCAUGGGCCAGCAUGUGCGGUGCAGGCGCCUGGUGCGGGAGGGCGCCUACCCCCGGCAGCGUGGCUCCAGCCCCAAGGUGGCCCUGCACUGCACAGGCACCCAGAGAUCUGCAGCCAGGGGCCCUGACACAUUGUGA